AACAGUUUUGCAAAUGAUUUAUAAAUAACUUCAUAGCAUAGUAACAACUUCCUUCACAUCAUAAUAAACAUACCCAUGCAUCAAAACGCCCCAUAUUUUCCAAUAUCAACAAACCAUCUGCUGUACCGCAAUCCCACUGUCAAAACCUCAUUGAUCGCCCUUUGUGGAUACGACUGCCGCCCAAUUUCACUGUCCAAAUCUCACUGAUCGCUCGUUACUCUUUCGCUUCUCCGCUUCGUGAUGAUUAUUUGUCGAUCACUUUCGACGCUGAAUAGAUGCUAUUUCUUAAGGCAAUCAGUUGUAAAGCAAUACCACGACAUAUCUUUGAGACGUUUUCAUUUGGGUUCCUGUUUAUUUAAACCUGUGCAUGUGAAGAUGCCUUCACUGUCUCCUACUAUGACUGAGGGAUCCAUCGUUCAGUGGACCAAAAAAGAAGGUGAGGAGGUGUCUUCUGGUGACGUGUUGUGCGAAGUCCAAACUGACAAGGCCGUUGUCGCUUUAGAAUGCGAGGAGGAUGGCGUUUUAGCGAAGAUUAUCGUUGCGGAAAAGUCGCCAAAUGUGCCCAUCGGUGAACGCAUUGCCAUACUUGCUUCUCCUGGUGAAGAUUGGAGGGAGAUAGCUAGUUCUGUAGCUAGUUCAGAUGGGAUCAAAACUGCCGAUUCUCAAACAACCACAGAUUCUGCAACUAUGAAAGCGCACACUGAAAAACCAGAGGCGAUUGACGUUCACCCCACCGCGAAGACAUCAGACCAAUUGGGACCCGCUGUCCGAUUACUUCUAGAGUCUCAUUCCUUGGAUGCGUCAAAGAUACCUGCCUCGGGUCCUCGCGGACAGCUACUUAAAGGGGAUGUACUGUCUUACAUCGCCCGUCAUCCACAGGAAGCGAGGACUAUACCUCCGGAACAGCCGUCACCUCCGAGUUCCCCAGUUCUCCCGACCACCGCGACUCUACCGACACCUGCUGCUCCUACCGGCGCCACUGGGCCUGUGUUCACCGACAUCUCACUGACAAACAUGCGACAGACGAUCGCAAAACGCCUAACAGAAUCGAAAUCCAACAUUCCGCAUGCUUACGUUAGAACAACAGUCGAUGUGGACAAAGUGUUGGAAUUGCGUUCCCAACUCAGGAGGCGCAUUGGUCUCAAGCUCUCUCUGAAUGAUUUGAUUAUCAAGGCUUGUGCAUUUGCUCUAAGACUUGUUCCCCAGUUAAACUCAGUCACUGAUUCAGCUCGCAAGGUACUUGUACCACAAUCGUCCGUGGACAUCUGUAUGGCAGUCGCUACUCCUGCUGGCUUGAUAGCGCCUAUUUUACGAAAUGCGGAUCGCGUCCCAAUUUCCCAGUUGUCUGUGAUGGCAUCAUCGCUGGCGGUUAAGGCCCGUGAGGGAAAGCUACAGCCCAAUGAAUUCCAAGGCGGAUCUUUCACCAUUUCCAACCUUGGGAUGUUCGGAAUCCGAGAAUUCACGGCUAUCAUCAAUCCACCGCAGGUGGCUAUCUUGGCUGUCGGGGGCGGUGUCCAGAAACCGGUCGAUGUGUGUGAUGAGCGUAUCCGGUUCGCCAACAAGAUGACACUCACCAUGUCCAUCGACUCGCGCUAUGUGGACGAAGUAACGGCUGGUCGUUUCCUCACUCAAGUCUCCCGUCUAUUGGGUGAUCAUCCAAGCUUCUUAUUGGCAGGUGACCCACAAGUAACCGCGGAUCUAAGCGGGAGUGCGUUGUGCAAACCUGACAAUUUCGAUUUGACAAUGCUUUCCAUGGGCUUGGACUCAUCUCUCCCGGUACUGACGGCACGUUCGUCAUGAGCAUCAUGGUAUCCACAAUAUCUAGUCCUGCAGUAUACGUUAGAUGACCCACGUAUCUCGACUCUCUAAAGUCUUCUGAAAUUUCCAAAGCUGUUUUCCUUUUCGUGAUAUAAAACUCAGUUUUCUUCGAAUAUGCACGGAACUUCACAUGAUGUAAUUUUCUCUUCCGCUUCAUAUUGGAGCUGUUUCCUCAUCCCUGUUUCGCACGUGUCGCAUCAGUUAGCUGGCAAUUUCCAUCCAUGUUGGAUCACUUGCAGUGUGCUUCAAAUAGUUGAAUAAAAAGCAC